AUGCGUGUGGGCCGCCCUCCAAGCUGCCGCUGCAGCCGGCCGCGCGGGGAGGUGACCAAGCUGGACGACUCCAUCGGCGAGACCGUGGCCAAGGCCGUGGCUGAGGCCAAGAACGGCGACCUGCUGCUGCUGGAGAACGUGCGCUUCUACAAGGAGGAGGAGAAGAACGACCCCGCCUUUGCAGAGAAGCUGGCGGCCAACGCUGACCUGUACGUGAACGACGCGUUCGGCACGGCCCACCGCGCGCACGCCUCCACCGAGGGCGUGACCAAGUACCUGAAGCCCUCGGUGGCCGGCUUCCUGCUGCAGAAGGAGCUGGACUACCUCGAUGGCGCCGUGACCACCCCCAAGCGCCCCUUCGCGGCCAUCGUGGGCGGCAGCAAGGUGUCCUCCAAGAUCACCGUCAUCGAGUCCCUCCUCAACAAGGUCGACAAGCUCAUCAUCGGUGGCGGCAUGGUGUUCACCUUCUACAAGGCCCGCGGCUACAGCGUCGGCAGCUCCCUGGUCGAGGAGGAGCAGCUGGAGCUGGCCACCAAGCUGGAGGCCCUGGCCAAGGAGAAGGGCGUGGAGCUGCUGCUGCCCACUGACGUCGUGGUGGCCGACAAGUUCGCCCCCGACGCCAACACCCAGAUCGUCUCCGCCGACGCCAUCCCCGACGGCUGGAUGGUGCGCGCGCCCGCCCGCGCCCGCCUCGCCUGCCAGGCCGCCCGCGGGGCCCCGGCCGCGCCGCCCUUCCGCAUGCCCGACGCCCGCCUGCGGCUGGGAAGCCCAUGCAUCAGACUGUUCGUAAUCGCGCGCUCCGAGCGAACCGGCCUGC